AGUUAGAUUCGGGUAAAAAGAUGUCCCUUGUGAAAGUUUCUAUUUAGGUAGUUCCUUCCUUUCUUCUUUUACCACAUUCUUGUCUUUGUUCUCUAUUUCAUAGAGUUUCUGUUCCGUUACUGUUCUUUGGUUGACAUUUUAGAGAUUGGAUCUGGUAUUUCUGUAUAUCAUCAAUUACUGUGCUUCUUUAGUGGGUGCCUUUCUGUCCUUGUGGAGGAUUUAAGGUCAUUUAUUUUCGUAAAAUCCUAUGAGAUUUGAUCUGGGUUUUCAAUAUCUUCUUAUUCAGUGUCGAUUUUCAGACCGUAGAACAGAGUAAUAGCGAUUUUCUAGUUUCUCGACCCAAAAUCUCUCUAAAUAGAGAAAAGGGUUUGUAUUAAAGAGGUAUUGGAUCUUUGUGGAAUUGAAUCUGAUUCUGGAUAUGAGAAUUUGAGGGUUGGUUUUUGGUGGGAGCUUCAUCUAUGGCAAGUGAAGAUUUAAUAGAGGUCAAAUUCAGGCUAGCUGAUGGCACCGACAUAGGGCCGAGCAAGUACAGUCCAGCUACCUCUGUGGCAUCUCUUAAAGGAAAAAUACUUGCACAGUGGCCAAAAGACAAAGAAAAUGGCCCGAGAACAGUAAACGAUGUGAAGCUUAUCAAUGCUGGAAAGAUACUGGAAAAUAACAGGACGCUGGCGGAGUCCAGGCUCCCAGUUGGUGAACUCUCAGAAGGUGUCAUCACUAUGCAUGUUGUUGUGCGGCCUCCUCUUUCUGACAAGAGCAGUGAGAAACUGCAAGAUGAUUCUCCAAAGGCGGCCUGCUGUUCAUGCUCCAUCAUGUAGCUUCAAGCCACAAUUUUGACAAACAGAGCAUCUCCAAUUGUGUUUAAGUAAUUUCCCAGGUGCUGCUGUUAGAUGCUUGCUGAUAUGCAGUUCAGCAACCCAGUUCUCAAUAUUGAGCAGAUGCAGAAACAAGAAGCUUGGAGGUUUCUUCCCCCACACAUCAUUUACUUUGAUCUUGUGGUUUCCUUCAGUAACGACUUGUGGUUUCUUCAUUUUUUGUGAAUGAUAGAACGAAAUUGGGCUGGUUUUGAAGCUUAUUUUAUUAAGAGAUUUUCCUCGACACAAUGUGAAAUGGGGAAAAAGAAAGAAAAAAG